CAUUGCCAACUGGCUGCAUAUUGUGUCAAUUCGCUAUGACAGAAAUAUUAAUUUAAUUUAAAACAUCGUACGCCAUGUUUUUUAAGCGUCGUCAUAAGCCUGCCUUACGUCCUUCGAAGGCAUAUUAUCACUCCAAUGAUCCACCAUCAUUGCCACCUUCUACGCAGCCACACAAUGAUCAACUGCCAUUUCUGUUGCGUGGGCGUUUUAGUGCUCUCCCACAUUUGCAAACCAUCGGCGAAGAAAAAGAGAAUUUAACACUCUUCAUUGCUGUGUUAUAUGUCGUCGACUUAUUUGGUGUACUCCCAUUUAUAACGCUGCCAGCAUUGUUGGUGCAAUUGGGUUUCCUCGGUAUACCCUUAGUUCUGUCGGUUAUUGUGCUUCAAAUCUACACUUCAUUUUUACUCAGUCAGUGUUGGAUUAUGGCUGAGUCUUUCGAUCCAUCUAUAGUACAGAAGAGUAGGUACCCUUAUGCAGCUAUUGCCGAUUUGGCAUACGGACGCUACCUCAGCCUUUUCGUGCGCAUCUUGCUCGACAUCAGUAUUUUCGCCACAGCCAUACCAAGUUUGGUGAUAGCUGCACAAAAUCUAGAGCUGGUCGGUGAACGUAUAACCGACGAUGAAUUCUCAUUUUCGUUUUGCUACUGGGUUAUUAUAAUUGGUAUAUUUUGUUGUCCGCUGAUGUGGCUACGCAGUCCCAAACAUAUGCGUGGAUUGACGAUUUUCUCGCUCUUCGUACUCAUUGUGAUUGUGAUUCUUUUGUGGUUUUGCCUCUUCGCCUCAAUGCCGUUGGGUAAACCCUUCGAAGGCGUCAACUUUGAAAUUCCAUCGUUCUUGGCGCUUCUGAAUGGCUACAGCAUUUUGGCUUUCCAGUUCGACAUUCAUCCAAUGCUACUCACCUUGCAAAUCGAUAUGCAGCACAAGUCUCAAGUUUACUGGGCCGCCUUCAGUGGCAUCACAAUUACAUGCGCCAUUGCUAUUUUCGGUUCCAUUAUUGCGGCUUACAAGUUCGGCACCAUGAUCGCCGAUAAUCUGCUCGAGUCUCUGCCGAAGAGUGUUCCGUUAUAUGUUUUGCUAAUACUCAUCGCACUGCAGUUGUGCUUUUCGAUUAUUGUGGGUAGCUCGGCGAUGUUUUUGCAAAUUGAAAAUUAUCUACAAAUUAAAGAAGCUUUUUCGUGGAAGCGCAUUGCUUUGCGUUCUUCUGUUGUCGGCCUCGAAGUGCUCAUAGCCGAAUUUGUGCCUAAUUUUGAUGUUCUCAUGGAUAUAGUAGGCGGCACAAUUGUCGCGCCACUGGUCUUUAUCCUACCGCCACUACUCUAUCGUCGUAUUAGUCACAUGGAAAGGCUGCACCAGCGCGUCGCUACGGAGUCUUCAUAUGGCAGCAUACCACUCGAUUUGAAUUUCGAACCGGUGCAUUCGGACAUGGAACAGUUAUUGAUGCUGGAACAACAACAAAGGAAUGGCGUGCCACUAUCGUGCCGUCUGCGUAUGCGCAAAUAUUGGCUACAUAUUUUGAAGUGUUGGUAUCGUCUGAAAUGCGAUCUUACCGUGUCUUUGUCGGUGAUGCUUUUUGGUGCAUUGGCCACUAUAAUUUCAACUUAUUUGAAUGUAUUUAGUAUUACUGAUCUUUUCCGCUACGAGGCGACGUGUUUCUUCAAUAUGACGAAAGAUGUUGCCAAAAACCAAAAGUAUUAAAGAUUUACUUCCAUAUCUUUUAAA